AUGAACUCGGAUAACAGUCAAUUGACUAAGUAUGUCAUUGCUGUAGUUGACACUGAAACGAUGGAAGUGAAUCCAUCUGAAGAAAUUUGGUCUUUACGCAUCUUGGCAAUGCGGAUUUCUUUACAAAAUCCGUUUUCCUUUUUCGGUAUUGAUGAGUUUGAAGAUAAACCGGAUGACAACCAUUUCUUUUCAGGCGAAUGGAACAAUCCACGUCUACGCUUGGAGCAUCCCUUGGUGGGCUUUUGGUUAAUUUGCUCCGAAUUGUUUGACUAUCCACGGAUUAAUGAGUUUCUGUUGGAGUAUUACGACGACCCGCCAUCCGCAAUUUGCCCCACGGUUGUGUUCGAUCUUGCAACGGCCCAACGCGUUAUCACUACGGACAAAAAGUCGCCUCGCUUUUGGGAAUUUUCGCUCAUGUUCGACCCGACAUUAAUUGUUCAACGCGCCGAGCCGUUGACGUGGAUGUGGCUAGCGGCAGCCAAAUUCUUUGCUCAUCCUUGGACUGGCCCUGCGAUCAUUCCUCCCAUUGUGGAGGAAUUUGAGCGACUAGAACGAGAGUCAAAAAUAGCCAAAGCUCAGUCCAAGUCUAAGAAGCGCCCUGCAUCGACUCCAGAGAAUCCAAAAGGUGCCAAGGCACACGAUUCGCGCCCGUCUCCCUCUGUCCAGAUGCAAACGGAACUGACGCCACCAAAGGGUCGGUCCAAUCCCUACCAACGAACUCCACCUUCGGAUGCCACUCCUCCUCGCCAACAAGUGGUCAUGUCUGACGCCGUCCACGUCAUUGCCGGCACCCCAACAGGAACACAGGAAGCCAGUGUUCCAGCUGACGACGUCGUGGUAGCCAACACCCACCGUGGGAGGACCAGUGCGGAAAAUGAAGCAGAGGAACACAAUAGUGCCCCGACCUACAGGGACACUGUUGCCGCUCUCCCCGCUCCCACGGUUCCUCUCACCACUGACGAACGAUUGAUGCGCCUUCUCGCUGUCCAUUGGAAUGCCUCUCCCUUUCGGCACAUUACCAUCUUCAACGUGUCCGUUGUCUUUGAUUGGCAGGGCGUCGGUUCGUCCGAGUUCAAUCAAGUCCAGACUGCCUACAAUGCCUUCCAUCAGUUUGCUUCCGGUGUCUGGGGCGAGAUCACUUCCACGGUCGUCCUUCUACCUUUUGCUGAUGGCCGAUUCACCCGACAACAACUGUGGAUCCGGAACUUGAAGGAGUUUGACGAAAAAGCCAAGGAUUGGGCCCACCUGAAACUCUACCUCGAUCCCAACUUCGGCAAUCCUUACAUCCUCAACAAACCUGGGAAGACUGGGUCCAAGACCUACAAGACUCGCAUGCGGUUCGGGAUGGACACUGCCCCUCCCAUUCUCAUGCAAGAACUUCGCUCCAUCUUGUCCAGUGAGCCUCGGGCGGGCGUCUUCCCGACUCCAAUCCAGGUUUCCGACAUGGUCCGGCUUGGCUUCCUCCCGUUGCUACCACAAGAAUUGGCGAUUGGUCCGUACUGCAAAGACUUGAUGCGUCUCUGCGACUUCCAGUACCCCAUUGGCCUUAUGCAAGAAUGGGUCAACAAUCCACAGUUCUUCUCUGCCAAAUUCACUGGGUCUUCUCGAGGACUCCUGUGCUGGCAUGUCUUUGUUCCUAAAGCCUUCGCUCGCGAGGCCGACCCGAUCUUGGCUGCGAACUUGGACCUACGUAAGCCCAGUUGUGCUCCCUUCCAAGCACCGACCCAUUACACCAGAGAUUGGCAGGCGGCGAAAGACGAAUUGGACCUCGGCAAACAGUGCCCACAGCUUCAGUCCUUGAUCGAAGCCAUGCGGGAAAGGACCCGGGCGACGCUGGUUCUGACUGCAAUCUACCGGAUUCCCAUCGAACUCCCGGGCAUGCUGACUUCUGCUGCAACUGAGAACUUUGGAAGGCUCACCCUCCUACGAUUCCUUCUUGCCGUCAUCGUCACGGGCGCCCAGGCCAAGAAGGCGGAGGAUGCAGAACCCAAGAAGCCACCGACCAAGGCCCUAGAUGUGCUGAGUGAUAGCGAGUCGUCCGGUGACAACGAUGAUGAUGACAGUCCCCUGACCUUCGAGUGGACCACCAUCAUCAAAAAGUCUUUGGUUGCUUCCACUCCAAAACCUGUGGAGGACAAGAAAAAGUCCCUCCUCAUGGCACCCAAGUCUCCCGAGGACGACGAUGCCUGGAUCGACCAGCUUGCUCAGAUGGACCUCACCAACGACAGACCAAGCCCUCUGUUUGUCAUGAUCUUACCAGCCGAGGAAGAUGGAUGCUACUUCGUGGUGGUUCGCCAGCGCUAUCUCCCCCUUGCGAUGAACGUGCUCGACAACCUGCCGUCCUUUCUCCAGUUUCACCUUGGCGAGUCGUCGUUCCCCAAUUUCAUUCGAGUUAUCAAGAACUGGUCCGCUACCGACCUCGCCUACCAGAAUCGCAAGCUUCAUGUUGAAUGGGUCCCGUCGGAGCUACGCUCCCGCUGUAUUGACAAUCCCACCGACAAUCAAGGUCCUCGAGUCCGUGAUCCCAUGGACUUCCUUCUCUGCAUGGAAGACCCCGUGGAGAUUCUCGAGGGCACUCUCCACAUCGACAUCCACGCCAAACAUGUUCGUGACGUAGAUGAUGGCCUUUCCGUGAUCGGUCACCUCAACAAUUGGAACGAGAGUCAGGCCCAGCUCCAGACCGCUCUUCAGACCAUCGAGACCAUUACUGACGAGAAGAACAGUUUGAACCGGGACCUACAGUCCGUUCGUGACGAAUUGGAGGCAAUGAAGGCCGCCCAAGAGACUGCGGCUGCUAUGACAGAGUUGUCUAAAACUGUUAGGCCUGUUCCGAUGCUCACAGUGGACGUCCCUACAGGUCCACCAGGCCAGACACGUGUCAGCACUACUACGCUACUCAGUCCCUCGGUUCAUGGCAUUGCUCCACCGGCGACGGCUCAUGAAACGGACGGAGAAAAUGGGGAGGACCAACCCAAUGCGUCCUCUCCUAUGGACACCGGUCGUGGGGGUAUCAGGACCCCCACGACGGGUCCAUGA